AUGGAAUCUAGUCCAGCUGUAGAAGUUACUGCCCUUUUUGUGCUAUUAAUUCUUACUGGAAAUGAAAGCGAAAGUAGGAUAUCGUCCACGGACUACGUCAAAGAAGACGCGUGCUACUCCCCGGCCAAUGAAACGUUGGCGAUGACGUAUUGCAUGGACUUCCGGGAGUCGCGCAGCUUCCUGCAGUGCACCGCCUUCUGCAGCUCCCGCAGCUGGUGCGUUGGCGUCGUCAAGGACGCCACGGGCAGGUGCUACGUCUACGGGCCGUGCGACGUUCUCAGAUUCGGUAAGGAUUGCCUGACCGGUGAUGUCGUGAGGGUCAAGGUGUACAAGAAACCUGGAACUUCCGGUUCCAUGAGCUGCGGCUCGAUGGGUGCGUACAACUUCACGACUCACGCGUGCACGUGUAAAACGGGCUGGACGGGGGCGUACUGUGAUACCCCGCCCCGAAACUGCUCCGACCUCACCAAACAAGGACUCCCACCUGGGGUUUACAAAGUCUACAUGAAACUAUACAGCGUCGCCGUCGUGUUUUGUGACGUCACUUCCGCUGGAUCCAACAUGCACUUUGGUCGAAACAACGGCCGGCUCGACCACAACAAAACCUGGUCUGAGUACGCCAACGGGUACCACAUCGACGACAGCAACUUCUGGGCCGGUUUGGACAACAUUCGCUACUUGACCCAAAACGGGUUCGCGCGGAUGAAAAUCGAGACCGCGUUCGAUAACGGCACCUCUCUUGUGUGGACCUACUCGGGCGUGGUGAUCCAGAACGGGCUGAACGCCUACACCAUUGUGUACCAGACAGUCGAUUGUCUCGGCUCCAGCCCUACCUUCUGCUCCAACGUCAACCCCUGCAUAGAACAAUCGACCUCCUUCUCGACCUGGGAUGACGACAACGACCCAUUUUCGCUGAUUAGUCUGGCCGCCGAUUACGGCGCGGGCUGGUGGUUUAGUGGCUACCCCACGGGGCUUUUGAGCUACAGUGCUACCUGCAACCCGUUCGCCUCUAAUUCCUUAACCCUGAGUGGCAGAGCUAAUCCAAAAGUCUCGAGUUCAAAUCCGGGUUCAAGACCAACCAGCUCUGACCACCCAACUCUGAUGGGUACCUAA